CCGUCUUCUUUUUCUCCAGAACAGCAAACCCACCAUCUGUCAAGACUUGGCUGCCCUCCUUGCAUAUCUUCGCAUCAAAAACAACACCAAACAUCCUCAAACUUAACCUGUCCUCCUUUGCCCAUCUUAGCAUCAAGAACAAGAUCUAACAUCCAAUACUAUAUACCAACACCAUUACAGAAGAGCUGCUCCAACCCAAACAAGACUCAACAUGUCUUCACCAGCCAGCCUCACCGGCACACUAGCGAGCAACGCCUCCUCCGCGCCCGAUCGUCAAGAGACAUAUGCCGUCAACCUUCCAGUGCCCGUCACGGCCACGGCCCCAAAAGCAACGACCAAAACUGCGUAUCUCCCACCAGCUUCAGCAGCAACAUCAAAGCCAAAAUACGCACAACCUCCCUCUCCCUCUUCUGCCAACGCGACCAACAUGCCCACCUCCAACACCCCCAACCCCAACCUCCUCGGUCCAACACGCACAGCCACCGUUAACUUCAGGCGCCUCUCCCAUCUCGAAAUGGGCGACACCAACAGUGUCGACAUCAACAACAUCGUCUCACCCCACAACCACCCAAUCAAAGAAUUCUUCUCCGUUUCCGUCCACACCUCCGACCAGCCAGAAGAGGAACGGGAACGGGAACUCGGGUGGAGGGAUGCAUAUGAAGUGAUGAUAAAAGCUCCCUUGAGGAGUCUUGCGCAGUUGGCGAGACGGAUGAGGAGGGUUAGGGCUGAGAGGGAGGAGGCAAUGGUAUAAGAGAACAGAAGAUCACAUCACAUCGACUAGAGAGGCUGGCGAUUGAUCAACCACUCGACCGGCACCAACCGA